CUCAGCCCUGCGGCCGGGCCUCAGGGUGCCCCUCAGGCGCCCUCCCCGCGUGGCGCAGGCCGCUUGCCCCCGGCCUGUCCGUGGCUUCCUUGGGGCUCUUUCCGGCCGCCUCUGCGCAAGGUGACCUUUCGCUCCGCCACGCGUUGCGUGCCAACAGGUCUCUCCUGUCUCUGUCUUCCUCCCCACGAUGUGUUCGCUUGCCUGGAAAGGGAGAGAAGGGAGACUGCUCUGAAGAGUUGAGACUGUAAUUAUGAAACAGAAAUCCAGAAAAUGACAGAAAAACGUUAGUCGCCUUCUUCUAGGACAGUCAUGUUGGAAGGAUUGGUAGCCUGGGUCCUCAACACCUAUUUGGGCAAAUAUGUCAAUAACCUGAACACAGACCAGCUUUCAGUGGCUCUUCUAAAGGGUGCUGUUGAAUUGGAAAACUUGCCUCUAAAGAAGGAUGCCUUGAAGGAACUGGAAUUACCAUUUGAAGUAAAGGCAGGUUUCAUUGGCAAAAUAACACUCCAGAUACCUUUCUGUCGCCCGCACGUGGAUCCAUGGGUGAUAUCUGUCUCAAAACUGCACUUAAUUGGUGCACCAGAAAAAAAAGAAGAUUUUGAUGAGGAAAGGGAGAAGUUGCAAGAAAGAGAACACAAGAAAGCCCUUCUUCUAGCUCUUGAAGAAAAAUGGAAAAAAGAACGACAGCAGAAAGGAGAAUCCUACUGGUACUCAGUCACUGCAUCUGUAGUCACACGAAUUGUAGAGAACAUUGAAUUAAAAAUUCAGGAUGUCCAUUUGAGGUUUGAAGAUGGUGUCACGAAUCCUCUGCAGCCAUUUGCCUUUGGCAUAUGCAUCAAAAAUGUAUCCAUGCAAAAUGCAGUGUUUGAACCAGUGGAGAAGCUGAUGAGGAAAAAACAGUUGGAUGUUGCUGACUUCAGUGUUUAUUGGGAUACCAACUGCACUUUAUUGGGUGAUCUGCCUCCUGGGAAGCUACAGGAAGCAAUGGAUAAAAGUAUGGAAAAUCGUGAUCAUAACUACAUCAUGGAACCUGUUUGCACUUCUGCUCUUCUCAAGAGAAAUUGUUCUAAGGAGCCUUUAAGAUCUCGCCAGACUCCACGGCUCGAGUGUGACAUUCAGCUUGAGACUAUACCCUUGAAGCUUUCACAGAUGCAGUAUCAGCAGAUCAUGGGAUUUUUGAAGGAACUGGCUAGGAAGGAACGACAGCUGAAGUUCAGGAAGUGGAGACCAAAGGCUGCAGUAACAGAGAGCUGCCGAGAGUGGUGGAUGUUUGCUUUGAAUGCCAGUCUGUCGGAGAUCAGGGAGCAGAGACAACGCUCCAGCUGGAAGUUCGCUUUGCAUCGGGCCCAAGAUGCAGUGUCUUACACUGACAUGUAUUACAGCAAGCUGAAGGGGGAACCACUGUCUGCUGCAGAGGAGGCAGAAAUGCAUCGUAUUGAGGAUGAGCAAACCUAUGAAGAGUUGAAGAUACUGUAUGAGGUAGUUCAUGAUAAAUUCCAUGACCUAGCUGAGAGUAUUAAAGAGCCAUUGCCUGAUACCCCUGGAGGCUCCCCUAGCACAGAAUCUGCACAUGGCACUGGGAUGCUGCAGUACCUUCAGUCCUGGUUUCCUGGCUGGGGAGGCUGGUAUGGAUAUGCUCAGCAAACAUACGAAGGUGAAGCUUUUGAAGGGCUGCUGCCAGACCCAAAGGAACAGUGGAAUCCAGAAGAAAUACUGGGUGCAGAUGAAUUUUUUGAUCCUGCUGCAGAUGCUUCUAGCAUGAAUACCUUUACAAAGAGAGAUCAUGUUUUUGCUAAAUUAAAUCUACAGUUGCAGGGUGGUUCUUUCACUCUGCUGCAUAAGAGAAAGAAGAUGAUGCAUGCUGAGGAGACUGCUUUUAUGCAGCUGGAGUUUUCAGGUGUGAAGAUCUUGGCAGAGUCCCUUCCUCGCAGAAAUUCUUCCCUUCUCAAAGUUCGGCUUGGUGGCCUUUUUCUGAGGGAUUUGGCAACAGAAGGGACCAUAUUUCCAGUUCUUGUAUUCCCAAAUCCUCAAAAAGAGGUUGGCUGCAUGUCUUCCUUUGGACUCCAGAGUCUGUCCUCAGAAAUGACUAAUCAGAACACUGUUGCAGAUCCUGACGCCCCAGUGUUUGAGAUGCUUUAUGAAAGAAAUCCAAUCCACAGCAAUUUUGAGAGGCGCCUGGAAGUCAGUACCAGACCUCUAAACAUUAUUUACAAUCCACAAGCCAUUAAGAAAGUAGCUGACUUCUUCUACAAGGGAAGGGUUCAUACCUCAGGUUUUGGAUAUCAGUCCGAGUUAGAGGCAAGAGUGGCUGAAGCUGCCAGAAGACAGUACAACAAGCUGAAAAUGCAGACAAAAGCUGAAAUCAGGCAGACUAUUGAUCGUUUACUAGUAGGGGACUUCAUUGAAAACAGCAAAAGCUGGACUGUGUGCCUUGAUAUUUCUGCCCCUCAGGUGAUCUUCCCUGAUGAUUUCAAAUGUGUGGAUCCAGUGUUAGUUGUUGUAGAUCUGGGAAGAAUAUUACUUACCAAUUCUCAAGAAGAAUCUAAAAGGAGUGCAGAUGCUGUUUCUUCAGAAGUCAAUGACUUGAGUGAUGAGGAAUAUAAAACACCGCUUGCAACUCCUCCCAAUACUCCACCACGAGAAUCUAACACUAGCAGUGGCAUCAAAAUGCCUGAAUUUACUGGAGUAGAAAUAAGUGAAGAGCAGCUGCAAGCACACUUGAUGAGUAAAAAGAUGUAUGAGACAUACACACUUUCAUUUAUGGACCUUCAGAUCAUGGUGGGCCGAGUGAAGGACAACUGGAAACAUGUUCAAGAUAGUGAUGUGGGUCCAACUCAUGUGGUAGAAAAGUUCAACGUUCACCUGCAGUUGGAGCGCAGGUUGAUCUACACCUCUGACCCAAAGUACCCAGGAGCUGUCUUGUCUGGCAAUCUGCCAGACUUAAAAAUUCAUAUCAAUGAAGACAAAAUACUAGCUCUGAAGAACUGUUGCACACAGCUAAGCACAUCUGAAGCAAAGCCUUCCGAUGCCCUGCAUUUAGGGAAGGACAAGAUUUUUGCAGGGGUAGAGCAGCUUGGCAGUUUGCAUGAUUCUGUAAUGAACCUAACUCAGAGCGUUGUAAUGCUGGAGCAGCACACCAGGGAGGUUCUUGUUGAAUCUCAGCUGCUUUUGGCUGAAUUCAAAGUCAACUGCAUGCAGCUGGGUGUGGAAAGUAAUGGACGGUAUAUCUCUGUGCUCAAGGUUUUUGGCACCAAUGCCCAUUUUGUGAAGAGGCCAUAUGAUGCUGAAGUGUCCCUGACUGUUCAUGGUCUGUUGCUGGUUGAUACAAUGCAAACAUAUGGAACAGAUUUUGACCUUUUGAUGGCUUCUCAUAAGAAUCUGAGUUUUGAUGUGCCAACAGGAAGUCUUCGAGACAGCAGGGCUCAGUCCCCAGUUUCUGGGCCACAUGAGACACGUCCCAUUGAUGUAUUGGGUUUGACAGAGAGAUGCACUACAGCCCCAAAUGCUUCAGCUGGUAACAGUGGGAAAGAUCAAGAGUCCCUGAUAAAAUUGGAGUAUCAGUUUGUGAGUGCAGAAUGCCCGUCGAUGAAUCUGGAUAGCAGUCUGCAGGUGAUCUCUGUGCAGGUGAACAACCUGGAUAUCAUCCUUAAUCCAGAAACUAUUGUUGAACUGAUUGGAUUUCUCCAGAAAUCCUUCCCAAAGGAAAAAGAAGAUUCUAGUCCUCAGCCUUUAAUAACUGACUUGGAAAGAGACUGGAGGGAACAGGAAACCUUCCAGUCUACUUAUGUACAGAACACAGAGGUGGCAGUUGAUAUUCACUGGUUAAACAUACUCCUUCUCAGGACAGUUGGCAUGACAAAUGGAGAAAAAUAUGGCAGAAAAAUUGCAACUGCCAGUAUUGGCGGCACCAAAGUCAAUGUCUCCAUGUGUAGUAAACUGGAUGUAAAUGGCUCUCUGGGAUGCCUUCACCUGAUGGAUCUAACACAAGAUAGUGUUAAGAACCAGUAUGUUGUCAGCAUAGGGAAUACAGGAAGGUAUGAAGGUCUCAUUGGUGAUGACUACUUUGAGUCUUUAUUCUUUAGGCUUGAUGAUGGAAAUAGCCUUCCAGAUGCAUUAAGUUUCACCUUCACAGAAAAGUCAAAAGAGGAGUGUUCUCUCAACCUCAAGAUGGCCUCCUUGCACUACAACCACUCAGCUAAAUUUCUGAAAGAACUGACUUUAUCAAUGGAUGAACUGGAAGAGAAUUUCCGCAGCAUGCUGAAAAGUGCAGCUUCAAAAGUCACUACAGUCUUGGCAACUAAAACUGCAGAGUACACUGAGAUGGUCUCUUUGUUUGAUACCACGCCACGACCACGAGAUGUUGCCAACAUAGAAGAUAAUGAAGGCUAUGCGUUGGGGUCGCAGCCUCUCCAAACUGACACUAUAAAGCUUAUAUUAAAUGUGAACAUUGAAUCCCCAAUUGUUUCAAUACCUCGGAAGCCUGGCAGCUCUGAACUGCUUGUAGGUCACCUGGGACAAAUAUCUAUUCAGAAUUUUGUACCGGGAGAAGAUGAAUCUACAAGUGAUAGACUGCAAGUUGAAAUUAAGGACAUUAAAAUGUAUUCUUUAAAUAGCAGCCAAUUUACGAGCAAGAAGGAGCCUGUGAGUGAAAUAGCUCAUGGGCUGCAUUCUUCAGGUCCUGCUAGUAUUAGUAGCCAGGAAGAAUCUCAUUUUACUCGUCAUGACUUCUUUGAAUCAUUACAUAAAGGCCAUGCUUUCCACAUUCUGAACAACACCACCAUCCAGUUUCAGUUGGAAAAGAUACCACUAGAGAGAGAUUUGGAUGUAACUUUUCCUCUCAGUAAUGAAGAUUUUGGAGUAUCAAGCAUUAUGAAGAUUGAAGGGAAAUUUGUGAACCCACUUCAGGUGGUGUUAGCAAAGCAUGUGUAUGAGCAAGUCCUGCAGACUCUGGAUAAUUUAGUUUACAAUGAAGACUUGAACAAAUUUCCAACCGCUUCUGUGUCUUCAACUCGUCAUAGCUCUCCAUCAGCAUCACUUCAUAGUGCAGGCACAGAAUUCUCAAGUGAAUGGAAGGAAAAUGGCUUAUUCAGCCAUUCUAGUUUUAAUACUGCUCCAAACAAGUCAUUAGCUAUCAGGGAAACAAAAUCUUUUACUCAGAUUCAAGCAAACUUUCAUAUCUCAGAGCUCCAGGUUCAGUUAAGUGGUGAUCUUACACUUGGUGCACAAGGCCUUGUCAGCCUUAAGUUUCAGGAUUUUGACGUUGAGUUUGCCAAAGAUCAUCCUCAGACUUUGUCCAUUCAGAUUGCCUUGCGUUCCCUGCUGAUGGAAGAUCUUCUGGAAAAAAACCCAGACUCCAUGUAUAAGAACCUCAUGGUGUCCCGUGGAGCACCCAAACCAUCCAGCUUAGCUCACAAGGAAUAUCUUUCACAGUCCUGUCCCUCAGUAUCCAAUGUAGAAUACCCAGAUAUGCCACGUUCCCUGCCUUCCCAUAUGGAAGAAGCACCUAAUGUCUUUCAGCUAUACCAAAGACCAGUUUGUGCCUCCCGUAAGAAGCCAAAAGAAGAUGCAGAUUCUGAGUAUCCUCUGACUCCACCUCCUUCUCCAACAGCAGACAGAUCCAAGUUGCCCUGUGGAAAAAGUAACUUUGAUGAUUCCUUAGUUCAUAUCAAUAUAUUUCUAGUGGAUAGGAAACAUCCUGAAUUUUCUUCUCGCUAUAACAAAAUUAACCGUAGUGUAGAUGUUGAUUUUAAUUGCCUAGAUGUCUUAAUAACUUUGCAAACUUGGGUAGUGAUACUGGAUUUCUUUGGGAUUGGAUCCACUGCUGAUAACCAUGCUAUGAAGCUGCAACCUGAAGAUACUCAGCAGACAAUCAAAUCAGAAAUAAAUACCUUGUCAGCUUCUCAAGCCCAAGAGCCUGUAAACACUAAACUGGAUCUGAAGGUCCAUUCUUUAUCAUUAGUACUGAAUAAGACAACUAGUGAGCUUGCUAAAGCCAGUGUGUCAAAACUUGCAGCUCACUUGGAAUUGAUUGAGGGAGAUUUAGCCCUGCAAGGAAGUAUUGGAAGUCUGUCCCUGAGUGAUCUUACAGCUCAUGGAGAAUUCUACAGAGAGCGUUUCACUACGAGCGGUGAAGAAGCACUCAUUUUCCAAAUCUAUAAAUACGGGAGGCCAGACCCCUUGCUGCAGAGGGAGUGUGACAUGCGUGUCACCCUGCGGAUGGCAUCUGUUCAGUACGUGCACACCCAGCGCUUCCAGGCAGAGGUGGUGUCUUUCAUCCAACAUUUCACUCAGCUUCAGGAUGUCUUGGGGCGACAAAGAGCAGCCAUUGAAGGACAAACAGUAAGAGAUAAAGCACAGAGAGCUUCCCGAGUUCUUCUUGAUAUAGAGGCUGGUGCUCCUGUUCUGCUUAUCCCUGAAAGCUCCAAGUCCAAUAGCCUUAUUGUAGCUAAUCUGGGAAAGCUGAAAGUGAAGAACAGAUUCCUGUUUGCAGGAAUGCCAGGCACUUUUUCAUUAAAAAACAAGGAUUCAGUUCAAUUUUCAUCUCCUUUGGGAACCCCAAAACACAGCAUGAAGAAAUCAAGUGCUGAUGAAUCAAAAGCAGUGACAGAAGGAUUGUUCAUGAAAAAAUCACCAGGAGCAAACAUUUCUAAGCUGAAGAGUGAGCCUGUGCUGAGCACAUCAACUAAGCAACAAGGGCAACAGCCAAAGCUGCCUAUCCUGCCAAACCCUGACAGCCCAGAGGAUCACAUCUGCCUCUUAGACUGCAUUGUGGUUGAUCUGCAGGACAUGGACAUAUUUGCUGCAGAAAGAUACCAGAGAGAUUAUUCAAAGGCUGCAGGAGACGCAAGUGCGGACUUGAGCUUUCCAUCCUACUUUGUGAGGCAGACAGGAGGAAGCCUGCUAACAGAACCUUUCAGACUGAAGUUACAAGUAGAGAGAAACUUAGACAAAGAGCUAAGUCAUGCAGUUGCAGACAUCUCCAUCCAUGGCAAUCUGUCAUCAGUCCAUUGCUCUCUGGACUUGAACAAGUACAAACUGAUCCGUGGACUGCUGGAGAACAACCUGGGAGAGCCUGUAGAAGAGUUCAUGCGGCCUUAUGAUUUGCAGGAUCCAAGAAUUCAUACAGUUUUGAGUGGAGAAGUGUAUACUUCUAUGUCAUUCCUCAUUGACAUGGUGAAUGUGAGUCUGGAACUGAUGGAUCCUAAAGGAAAAGAAGGAUGCAGCUCUUUAGCCAGGUUUGAUUUCAAGAAAUCCAAGUUGCUUUUUGAAAGCUCUUCAAAUGGAACAAAGUCUGUCAAUUUGGUUUCUCAUUCCAUGAUGGCGUUUGACACGCGUUAUGCUGCACAGAAGUCUACUGCAGGCACACCUAAUGUGUUCAACUGCAUUUUUCAGUCAUCAAAGAAUACCAGUAGUCCAGGAGCCAUCCAGAUUGAAUUACACUUCAGGUCUACUAAGGAUUCCUCCAGUUUCACAGUCGUUCUGAACAAUCUCCGUGUGUUUCUGAUAUUUGACUGGUUGUUACUGGUUCAUGACUUCUUAUAUACUCCCGGAGACACCAGAAAGCAGGAAAAUCCCUUUGCUUCCCGACAACGCACUUACAGCAGUGAAACAGCUGUGCUUCCCAAGGCAGUGAAGAGUGGAGUGGUUACAAAACGUUCAUCACUACCUGUCACUGCAGAGAAACAGCUGGAGGUCAAGGUUAAUGUGACAGGAACUGAGUUUGUGGUUGUUGAGGACAUGUCUUGCUUCGAUACCAACGCAAUCAUUUUGAAGGGGACAACUGUUCUCACUUACAAGCCCAAGCUGUUGGAUCGUCCUUUCUCUGGUAGUUUGUUUGGUAUUGAGGUUUUCUCAUGCCGGUUGGGAAAUGAACAAGAGACUGCACUGUCAAUUAUUGAUCCAGUACAAAUUCACAUGGAACUUGUUGGGAAUGCUUCCUACCCGAGUGGUUCAGGACUGUUGGAUGCUUUCAAUAGUGAGGAUUUUCCUCCUAUUCUAGAGAUUCAGUUGCAAGCCCUGCAUAUCAGACUGUCCUACAAUGAUGUUCAACUCUUUCUGGCAAUUGCAAAGUCAAUACCUCAACAGACCAGUGCUGCUAUGCCUGACUCAAGUGGAUUGAUAGGUGAAAAUACUGUUACUGCUUCAAGUUCAGCACUGGUGGCUGAGACGUCCUCCUCGACACAUGAAAACAGAGAGAUAUCCAAACGUGUGUUGGAUCCUGUUCUUGAGGUACAGCUGGCUCGUCUCCAGGAGCUGGGAUUCAGUAUGGAAGAUUGUCGUAAAGCUCUUUUGAUCUGCCAAGGUGACUUGAAAAAAGCAGCAAGCUGGUUAUUUAAGAAUGCUGAACCUUUGAAAUCAGUUUCCCUGAGCUCUUCAGGGCGAGAUAGCCAGGGGAUGGUGCCUUUUCAGUUCAUCUCUGGUGUAGAAGUAAAAGCUGAAAGCAUAUGCAUUUGCUUCAUUGAUGACUGCAUGGACUGUGAUGUUCCCCUUGCUGAGUUAACCUUUUCAUCUUUGAAUUUUCUCCAACAUUUGAGAGCCAACCCUGAAGGCUGUGCUCGUUUUACCCUCUCUGGAGAUUAUUACAAUCGGGAGCUUUCAGGCUGGGAGCCAUUUAUUGAGCCAUGGCCAUGUUCAGUUUCUUGGCAGCAGCAAGCAUCGAGCCGCCUCCACCCUUCCCGGCUGAAGCUGGAAGUAAAGGCUAAAUACCGUUUGGAUAUAAACAUCACCUCUGUCUUCAUAGAACAGUACACAUGUACCAAACAGUCAUGGAUGGAAGAUUACUGUAAACAGGACAAAGAAGUGAAUGUGGUCAGUUCAGAAGACUGGAUGGGUGCUUCAGGGGAUCCACCAUGCUUUGGGCAGAGCCUUCCUCUUGUCUACCUUAGAACUAGGAGUACAGCCAGUUUGACUAACCUAGAGCAUCAGAUCUAUGCUAGAGCUGAAAUGAAGACUCCCAAACGUAGGCAGCCAUUUGUCCCAUUUGCUCUAAGAAAUCACACUGGAUGCACUCUGUGGUUUGCUACCCUAACUACAACUCCAACACGGGCUGCCCUGUCCCACAGUGGGAGUCCAGGUGUUGUUCCUGGGGAAAAUGGGACCUUGCUGGAUGAUGCCCAUAAUGUCAGUGAAUGGCAGGAAGUUAUUACUGGGGAAGAGGUUCCAUUUGAAUUUGAAGCCAGAGGGAAACUCAGACACAGGCACACACAUGAUCUAAGAAUUCAUCAGCUGCAAGUGAGAGUAAAUGGCUGGGAAGAGGUCAGUCCAGUCUCUGUAGACAAGGUUGGAACGUUUUUCCGAUACGCUGCACCAGAUAAGAACUCUUCCUCCUCCACUCUUGGAAGCCCAAUAAGUAGAACAAACAUAAUCCAUCCGCAAGUCUACUUUUCUUCAUUGCCUCCAGUUCGUGUGGUGUUUGAAGUUACCAUGGAAGGUAGUGCUCGGAAGGUGAUAACAGUGCGCUCAGCCUUGAUCGUGAAGAACAAGCUGGAAACACCAAUGGAACUGAGACUAGACAGUCCUUCUGCUCCUGACAAACCUGUAGUUCUUCCAGCAGUUAUGCCAGGAGAUUCCUUUGCUAUUCCAUUGCACCUUACAUCUUGGCAUUUGCAAGUCAGGCCAAAAGGAAUGGGAGUCUUCUUCUGCAAGGCCCCAAUUCAUUGGACUAAUGUUCAGAAGACAGCAGAAGUAUGCAGCAGCAAGAGAGAGUGUCAUUCAAUGGAGUCUGAAAAUAGCAGAUUUUUCAGGUUUUGCGUGGCUAUAAAGAAAGAAAAUUACCCAGAUUACAUGCCUUCCAGCAUAUUUUCUGACAGUGCUAAACAGAUUUUCAGACAGCCUGGGCAUACUAUUUAUCUCUUGCCAACGGUGGUCAUCUGUAACUUGCUACCUUGUGAGCUGGAGUUCUACGUCAAGGGGAUGCCAAUUAGUGGGACGUUAAAACCUGGCAAAGAGGCAGCGCUGCACACGGCUGAUACAUCCCAGAACAUUGAGCUUGGGGUCUUGCUAGAAAACUUCCCCAUCUGCAAAGAGCUGCUGAUUCCUCCUGGCACACAGAACUACAUGGUGCGGAUGCGCCUGUAUGAUGUCAACAAACGGCUGCUGAACUUGACCAUAAGGAUUGUAUGUCGUGCUGAAGGCUCUCUGAAGAUACUCAUUUCAGCACCAUACUGGCUAAUCAACAAAACAGGAUUACCACUUAUCUUCAGACAAGAUAAUGCAAAAACAGAUGCUGCAGGUCAAUUUGAAGAGCACGAGCUUGCUAGAAGCCUCAGCCCACUUCUGUUCUGUUAUGCUGAUAAAGAACAGCCAAACCUUUGUACAAUGCGGGUUGGAAAAGGAAUCCAUCCUGAAGGCAUGCCUGGCUGGUGCCAGGGUUUCUCCCUGGAUGGUGGUAGUGGUGUCAGAGCCCUUAAGGUGAUCCAACAUGGCAACAGGCCAGGCCUCAUUUAUAACAUUGGUAUUGAUGUUAAAAAAGGCAGAGGCCGUUACAUCGAUACAUGCAUGGUGACGUUUGCCCCCCGCUACCUGUUGGAUAACAAAUCCAGCUACAAACUUGCCUUUCUUCAGCAGGAGUUUGCCAGGGGACGGGGAGCAUCCAAUCCUGAUGGCUAUAUCUCCACACUGCCUGGUUCCAGCGUCGUGUUCCACUGGCCACGUAACGAUUAUGAUCAGCUGUUGUGUGUGAGACUGAUGGAUGUCCCAAACUGUGUCUGGUCUGGGGGCUUUGAGGUCAACAAAAAUAACUCCUUCCAUAUCAACAUGAGGGACACCUUAGGAAAAUGUUACUUCUUGAGAGUAGAAAUCACUCUUCAAGGAGCCACCUACCGCAUUGCCUUCAGCGACACGGAUCAGUUGCCUCCACCCUUCCGCAUAGACAAUUUCUCCAAGGUCCCGAUUGUUUUUAAUCAGCACCGUGUCGUCGAGCCAAGGCUGUACACUGAAGUGAAGCCCAUGACCUCUCUGGAUUAUGCAUGGGAUGAACCUAUUCUACCACCUUUUAUAAUGUUGACAGUUAAAGGGGCAAGCUCCUCAAAUAUUGUCUGCAGCAUGAAUGACUUCCAAGACAGCAAGCAGCUGUACUAUGAGAACUUCAUUUACAUUGCUGCUGCAUACACAUUCUCAGGGUCACAGGAGCCAAGUGCAAGACCAGUUGCAUCAAAUAAGGAUGCUGCAUAUGCAGAGCUUGUCCUUGAUGUUUCUCCAAAGACUCAACGAGUUGUGUUGAAAAAGAAGGAACCAGGAAAACGCUCCCAGCUGUGGAGAAUGACAGACACAGGAAUGAUUUGCCAUGAAGGUUCUUCAGUUCCUCAUAACCCCCAUAAACCUUCUCCUCGGUCUGUGGAGUCUUCUAUGAUUUUAGAUAUCGCAGGCCUGGCAGCUGUCACAGAUAACAGGUACGAACCCCUGAUGCUGAGGAAGCCUGACCGACGGCGCAGCACUACCCAGACGUGGAGCUUUCGUGAUGGAAAGCUGACCUGUGGUAUUCAUGGCCUUGUUGUCCAGGCAAAGGGAGGAAUACUGGGUCUUCAUGAUGGAGCAGAAGUUGUUCUUGGUCCUGAUGCUUCAGUUGAGCUUCUGGGGCCAGUUCCUCCAGAACAGCAGUUCAUAAACCAAAAGAUGAGGCCUGGAUCAGGAGUGCUAGCUGUUAGAGUCAUCCCAGAUGGGCCAACUAGAGUUCUACAGAUAACAGAUUUUAACCAGCGCCGAAACGAGCGACUGUCCAGCGAAGGAGAUGAGCUUCCAGUCACGGAACAAGAUCUGCGCAAGUUAAAAAAUCCAGAUUCAGAGCAGGAAUUGGAGGUGCUUGUGAAACUGAAAGGAGGAAUAGGAUUGUCUUUGGUUAACAAAGUUCCUGAGGAGUUGGUGUUUGCAAGCCUCACAAGAAUUCAUGUCCACUAUACACAACUGUCAACAAGUCAGGUGCUGGAGCUCAGUGUGCAAGACAUACAGGUGGACAACCAGCUCAUUGGCACCACACGGCCUUUUAUACUCUUCCUGACACCUAGGAUGAGUGAAAACGAUCCGGUGGAGACUGGGCCUGCCGUGCAGGUCAAUGCUAUGAAACUUCCCAGCAAAAAUGCACUGACUGAUAUAUACAAGCAUCUGAUGAUCACUGCUCGAAAGUUCACAGUUCAAAUUGAGGAGAAACUUCUUCUGAAGCUAUUGAGUUUCUUUGGCUAUGAUCAGUCUGAAUCAGAGGUUGAAAAGUAUGAUGAAAACCUCCAUGAGAAGGUUGUUGAACAAGGUGGAGCGCAGAAGCGAUACUACUUUGAAAACCUGAAGAUUAGUGUGCCUCAGAUAAAGCUGAGUGUCUUCACAUCCAACAAGCUGCCUUUGGAUCUCAAGGCACUGAAAAGCAGCCUGGGAAUUCCUCUAAUCCGGUUUGAAGAUGCUGUGAUAAAUCUGGAUCCUUUCACAAGGGUCCAUCCCUAUGAAACUCAGGAGUUUAUCAUCAAUGACAUUCUGAAACACUUUCAGGAGGAGCUGCUUAGCCAGGCAGCGAGGAUUCUAGGUUCUGUGGAUUUCCUUGGCAACCCUAUGGGUCUGUUGAAUGACGUUUCAGAAGGUGUUACUGGACUUAUAAAAUAUGGCAACGUUGGUGGUCUCAUAAGAAACGUCACGCAUGGGGUAUCGAACUCGGCUGCAAAGUUCGCUGGGACCUUGUCAGAUGGUUUGGGAAAGACAAUGGAUAACAGGCACCAGACGGAACGGGAAUACAUUCGCUACCACGCUGCAACCAGUGGAGAGCAUCUUGUGGCUGGAAUCCAUGGACUUGCACAUGGUAUCAUUGGAGGAUUGACAAGUGUAAUAACUUCAACAGUCGAAGGUGUGAAAACUGAGGGAGGUGUCAGUGGUUUCAUCUCAGGCCUUGGGAAGGGGCUGGUUGGCACAGUAACCAAACCUGUGGCUGGAGCUCUGGAUUUUGCAUCGGAAGCUGCACAGGCAGUGAGGGACACUGCGACUCUCAGCGGCCCCAGGACACAAGCAGAGAGAGUGAGGAAGCCACGCUGCUGCAGAGGACCUCAAGGGCUCUUGCCCUGCUACUCAGAAAGUCAAGCAGAAGGACAAGAACAGCUCUUCAAGCUGACCGACAACAUCCAGGAUGAGUUCUUCAUAGCAGUGGAGAACAUAGACAGCUACUGUGUUCUCAUUUCAUCUAAAGCUGUUUACUUUCUGAAGAGUGGUGACAACACAGACCGUGAGGCCAUCUUCCUGGAAGUCAAGUAUGAUGAUCUCUACCACUGCCUCGUUUCAAAAGACCACGGGGAGGUGUAUAUACAGCUGACCAAGAAAGCUGUGAACACGAGUAGUGGUGUAGCAAUGCCAGGCCCAUCCCAACAACGACCAAUGGUGAAAGUGAAAUCUGAAGUGAUUGCAGUAAAGCUAUCUCAAGAAAUAAACUAUGCAAAGAGCCUUUAUUAUGAACAACAGCUGAUGUUAAGACUCAGUGAAAACCAAGAACAAUUGGAGCUGGACUCUUGAAACCUCUUCCUUACUGCCAGAGUG